GUGAUACAGCUCCACUGUAUCUUCAAGCACCAGAUGUGCUGUCCGUGUAAGUCGGGUCCGGAGCCGGGACUGAGGGCGCAGCAGAUUCAGGUCUCCUGUCACAUUCCAGGGCACCUGCCCAACAAGCGGAGCGCCAGACCCAGUCCCCUGCACUGUCUGCGUUUCCCCCUUGCAUGUGGUUGAGUUUUCCUGAGUCAAAUGCAUCUGCUGUGGCUCUCUGUCUUUAUCGUACAACGCACUCAACUUGACUUCCUUCCCCCAGCCAUUAUUGAAUUGCAGCCUGUGUGCGUUUUGUCCUUGUUUUGUUUCCUCGGGUUGAGGGUAAGGCCUGGAAGGGAGAGGUACUGGCUUCGCCUUCCUUUCCUCCCUCGUAGUGCUGGGCGCGUGGUAAUUCCGUAAUUCUCCAUAAUUCUCUGUAACCCUUCAGCCCCUAACCGGGGGAAACAGUGAGCCUUCCAACAAGAGGAGGCAGCCGCUGCCUGUGUUCACAGCGGAACCCAGAGGGAAGAGCGUGGCCUUGGGCGUGCAGCAGACUCGGGGUCAUCCAGGGCCACCACCCUCCAGGCCUCUGACAACAUCUGUCUAACCUGGCUCUGUUUCCUCAUCUGUCACACGGUGUUCUUAGUGCUAAUAGCAAUAGCGCCAUAGUAGUAAUCAUAGCGAACGUGCAGAGCAGUCAGUGCUGCGUGCCGGGGCUGUUCUAAGCUCCUAUGGGUCUAAACUAUAAGAUGGAGUCUGUAUUUAUCGUUAUUUUGCAGAUGGGGAAACCAGAGCACAGAGAGAUCAAGUAACUUGUGCCCCAGGUCACACAGCUGGGCAGUGGUGAAGCCGAUUCCCAUCCCUGCACCCUGGCUUGACACUUCCUGCUCUUAGCCACUCACGCUUGGUGCUGAGGAGUAGACCCCUAAAUGAUGACUGCUGCUGUUGUUGUUACUAUUAUUAAUUUACCCGAAAAACUGGGAGAUGAUUGACCGAAUGUGUGGAACAUAUUUUAAGGUCCUUUUUUGGGAAAGGAGGUGCUCACUAGAUUUACUUCUCUGAGGACAGGGUCCUUUUGGUUUUCUCUUUCUAUCCCUAGCACCUCUGAUGAUUGGGAGCCUCUGGUGGGUGCUCGGUAAACGUCUGUCGGCCGCUUGAGAGGAUGGGAGGAAUCCUCAUGGGCAGAAAUCCUCUUGUGCUCGCUGUCAGGAGACCCACGAGGAGCAUUGUGACCAUGGACCUGUCACUAGGCCUCAGUCUCGUCAGCUGUAGUGAGAAAUGGUACCACGGCAUUGUUGUGGGAAGUAAUCGAGAUGCCCUAGUCUUUAAAGAACAGUUACCUUGGAAAAUGGCAGAGGCAGUUUUCCGUCCCCCAAAGAGGAAAAGAAGAGUGUAUGAGAGCUAUGAGUCUCCUCUGCCGAUCCCUUUCGGUCAGGAGUGUGGUCCUAAGAAGGACUUUAGAAUAUUCCGGGCCGAGAUGAUAAACAACAAUGUGAUUGUGAGGAAUGCAGAAGAUAUGGAGCAGCUCUAUGGGAAGGGUUAUUUUGGAAAAGGUAUCCUGUCCAGAAGCCGUCCAAACUUCACAAUUUCAGAUCCUAAGCUGGUUGCCAAAUGGAAAGAUAUGAAGACAGACAUGCCUGUAAUCACGUCAAAAAAGUAUCAGCGUAGCGUGGAAUGGGCCACAAACCUCAUGCGAAGACGAGGCCAGGAUGAGAGCACAGCGCGUAGACUCCUUGAGGAUUACACGAAGCCCCUUCAGCAUCUUUGUCUGCAAAGGAAUGAAGAGGGCCAGUUGUGUAACGAGCUGAACUCUGAAAUGGUUUCCAAAACGGAAGGCACAGAAGAUAGAGAGAAACUUUCUGCCACGAAUGGGGUUGCAGGAAAGUCGCGUGAUCUGGAGGAUCCCAGCAAGCGAUCAGACCGCCUGCAGGAGGGCUCCGGGCCUGACCCGAUACCUACCCACGGCUCCGAUGAACACGUGGCGGAGGUCACUGCUCCUCUGCCCCACGUCCACUGCGGCAAACAAGAUGCUCUCCUCCCGCCCUCUGGCGCUCAGCCUGGGGACAGCAGCCAACGAGCAGAUCUGGUCCCGGCCAGGGAGAGAGGGCCUGAGCACCACUACGUGCUGGUGGAGGAAGUCGUGUGUGACGCGAGUGAGAGGGAAGACGCCCCAGGUGGGGACUUGUCGCCAAAAAAGAGACUGAUAUGCAGAAGAAAUCCAUUUAGGAUCUUUGAGUACUUGCAGCUCAGCCUGGAAGAGGCCUUCUUCCUGGUCUAUGCUCUGGGAUGUCUAAGUAUUUACUAUGAGAAGGAGCCUUUGACGAUUGUGAAGCUCUGGAACACCUUCCACGUAGUUCAGCCCACAUUCGGGACUACGUACAUGGCGUACCAUCACUUCCGAAGCAAGGGCUGGGUGCCCAAAGCGGGACUUAAGUACGGAACAGACUUGCUGUUGUACCGAAAAGGCCCUCCGUUUUACCACGCAAGUUACUCUGUCAUCAUCGAGCUGGUGGAUGACCGUUUUGAGGGCUCUCCUCGCAGACCUCUCAGCUGGCGGUCCCUGGCUGCCUUGAGCAGAGUUUCAGUCAGUGUCUCCAAGGAAUUUAUGCUGUGCUAUUUGAUUAAACCCUCCGCCAUGACUGACAAAGAAAUGGAGUCACCAGAAUGUAUGAAACAAAUUAAAGUUCAGGAGGUGAUUCUAAGCCGUUGGGUUUCUUCACGGGAGAGGAGUGAUCAAGACGAGCUUUAACAACUCAGCCUCAGGGUUCUGAUUUCACCAGCAAAUGUUACUGAGUCUCCUGUAUAAGCCAAGUUCAGGGCGAGGUAAAGAGUCCUUUUAUUGUAAUUGCCCAUUAAUGUAAAAGUUUUAAAGGGCGUGGCACUCCCAGCACCAGAAAGUGUUAGCGUGUUAAAAGUUAAAAUUACACAGGGAAGAAGAGCCCUGUGCGGGGACUGCAGGUUCUGUCCUUGGAUCGGUCACUCACUGACCCCGGGCCUCUCACCUCGGGGCCUCGUCCUUUCUGUGAGGGCGCUGGACUAGGCCAGUCCCAAGAGGACUCUCCCAGCAACAGGCAACUUCUGUUACUCUCUGAUUUUACCUGAAAUGGUAGUUUCUCUCCAGGCGGCUGUGCAGUUUUCAGGGCACCUCUGUGCACCUGCCUCUCUGAUUACCCACGUCCAGUCUGUCCUGGAAGAGGGGCCUCUGUCCACAGGUGUCCAGCUCUCCAGGAACUUCAGCCAAUUUCGCAAACGUGGGAAAUUCCAUUUACUGUCUACCAAGGAUUUCUGUAUCAUAGGAAGCAUUUUAAAACAAGUUACCUCAUUAUUUAAUUCUCAAGUGAACUCAUUGGUGGGCACGUUGUGUAGAGUACACAACAAUAUUGUACAGGAUUAGAUAAGAAUUGUAUCUUGCUUCACUGAACUCGUUAUACAAUAAAAAUAU